CAGCUUCUUUCCCUCCCGUACGAAACGGUCAGGGAAUUAGCUGCCCUGUGUGCGCGCGCGUGUUAAGCCAGGGGUUCCGGGAACGCGCGCGGAUUGUCCACCAUCUCAGUCCAUCGUCAGGCUGUGCACCUCGCGCGUCUUAUCAUCCACCUCUAUAGCGAAGCAUUGAUCCUCCACGAGCACUGUGAUGAAACGGAAAAGAACAUAUGCCUGUCACCAAAGAAAUGAGUGAGUCGUCAUCCUUUCACUCAGCGACGCUUGUGUCAUUGGCCCGAUCGCUGUCCGGGCUUGGGCUUGAUGCCGCCAAUGGAGGCCCUAUCACCCCUCUUGACAAUGAUGAGCCCCCUCCUCCGGAGUCUGGCAUCGAUCUAGGCCCUGGGCUUUUUUUUGCCGAUGGCAAGAGAAAAGUGGACUAUGUCCUCUGCUACAAAUACAAAAAAAGGCGGGCAUCCAAGGCACGCCUUUCCAUUGCAUCCAAUGGAAGUAUACCCUUUUCGAUGCCAGGCCGUUGUGAAACGGAAGUAGAGUCUGGGGAGGCAGGUGCACCUGCAGGAGAUGAGGAGUCAAAGCUGUCUGAGGAGGAAAAGGCUAUGAUGAGGGAGGAGUUUGAAGCGGGUCUACUGGAAGCUGGACUACAGCUAGAGCGUGAUAAAAUGAGGGCAAAUUGCAUAUGGGUUAUUCGGCUGCACAUCCCAUGGCCAACACUCAGUCGAGAAGCAGAGCUUCAGAAGAUCAAAGUUGCUGUGAAAAAGAAGUGUGAAUUGCGGAAACGGAUGGGCAUUGCUGGGAUGUGGGAUUCCAUUAUUGGCAAAGUCAACAUACCGUUUCAACCAGAUGUCCCUGACUUUGACAUCCACAGAGACUCACAGACACGCAUCCACUUCAAAACCCUCAAACACCAUUUUAUCAGAGACAAGCUCCACCUGUACGACAUCAAGUCAACAGACACCGUAUUCGACAACGCAACACGCAGCAGAAUAGUGGCUGAGAUUAUUUCACGCACUACCUGCAGACAAACUUGCCAAACCACUGGCAUCAGCUCAUUAUUGGCUCGGGGUGUCUACGACUCUGCCUUCCCUCUGCAUGAUGGGUCGUUCACAAGGAGAGGACGAAAGGAUCAGCGAAAUGACAGACAGCUCCUCCAUGAAGAAUGGGCUAACUAUGGAGUCAUGCAUAAAUACCAGCCUGUGGACCUGAUCAGGAAGUACUUUGGAGAGCAGAUUGGUUUGUAUUUUGCCUGGCUGGGUGUUUAUACUCAGCUCCUCAUCCCUCCCUCUGUACUGGGCAUCAUUGUCUUCCUGUACGGCAUAUUCACUGUGGAUGACAAUGUGCCAAGCCAGGAGACAUGUGAUGACAACCUGAACAUCACCAUGUGUCCACUGUGUGAUGUAGUGUGUGACUACUGGCGUCUGAGUACAGUGUGCUCACUGGCCCGAGCGUCAUACCUGUUCGACAAUGGAGCCACUGUCCUCUUUGCCAUUUUCAUGUCUCUGUGGGCUGCUUGUUUCCUUGAGCACUGGAAAAGGCGACAGAUGUGUCUGAAACAUAUGUGGGACCUGACGAGCUUGGAGGAUGAGGAGGAGCGAGUCCAGGAGGAGCUGAGGCCUGAAUAUGAAGAAGCUGUACAGGAGAAAAAAGAUAAGGUUAAAGCAACGUCUAAGAAGAAGUUAAUUCAUGCUGGGGAGGGUGUAGAUGGAGAAAAAGACCAGAUGCUGGCCUCGCAGGAACCAGACUCCCUGGACAUUGAGGAUCACCUGUCAGGUUAUCUCAUCAAUGUGUCUACCCUACUACUACUGAUCUUCGUAACCUUCUCAGCAGUGUUUGGGGUGGCAGUUUAUCGCAUCUGCAUGUUAAGUGUGUGGUCCAUGAACCCUGAUCCUGAAGCCAAGGCCAGCGUGAGAAUGACCGUCACCACCACAGGCAUCAUUCUAAAUAUGCUGGUCGUUCUGGUGUUGGAAGAAGUCUAUGGAGCGAUCGCUGUGUGGCUGACUGAACUGGAACUUCCUAAGACAAAGGAAGAGUUUGAAGAGAAGCUGAUCUUUAAGUCUUUCUUCCUCAAGUCCAUGAAUGCCUUUGCACCUAUUUUCUAUGUGGCCUUCUUUAAGGGCAGGUUUGGUGGGCGGCCUGGCGAUUAUGUUUACGUCUUUGGAGACUAUCGCAUGGAGGAGUGUGCUCCACCAGGCUGCCUCAUCGAGUUGUGCAUCCAGCUAAGCAUGAUCAUGCUCGGAAAGCAGCUAAUCCAAAACAAUGUGUUUGAGGUUCUCAUACCUAAGCUAAAAAAGAUGUACAGAACAAUACAGGAAGAAAAAGUAAAAAAGAGAGCAGCAGAAAAUGAAGAGAAUGACACAGAAGAGAAGAGACCAAAGCAACAAUAUGACAAAGAUUACGCCCUUGAACCCUUUGAAGGCGUGACCCCAGAGUACAUGGAAAUGAUAAUCCAGUAUGGGUUUGUGUCUCUGUUCGUUGCCUCCUUCCCGCUGGCGCCAGCGUUCGCUCUGCUUAACAACGUCAUUGAGAUUCGCCUCGAUGCUGCAAAAUUUGUCACUGAGAUCCGACGGCCUGAUGCUGUGAGGUGUAAAGACAUAGGGAUUUGGUACAACAUACUCUGUGGAAUCAGCAAGUUCUCUGUCAUUACCAAUGCAUUUGUCAUCUCCUUCACGUCAGAGUUUGUUCCACGAAUGGUUUACCAGUACAUGUACAGUGUAAAUGGCACCAUGAAUGGCUACACAGAGCACUCACUGUCCUACUUUAAUGUCAGCAACUUCGCACCGGGCAGUGCACCCACCACCACCCUGAUCACCGGAGUUUCUAUGUGCAGGUAUAAGGACUACAGAGACCCACCGUGGGACCCAGAUGCCUACACCUUCUCGAAACAGUAUUGGUCUGUCCUGGCUGCAAAAUUGGCCUUUGUAAUAUUCUUCCAGAACUUCGCCAUGUUCCUCAGCAUGUUGGUGGCUUGGAUGAUCCCAGAUGUACCACGAUCUCUGCGGGAACAGCUGAAGAAAGAGAACAUGAUGCUGAUGGAGUUUCUGCUAAAUCAAGACCAAGAAGCACGUACCAAAUCUCACCCCUCAAAACGCUCCAAUUCCUGCUUCCCCGCCAUCGUUGUGAUAGAGGCACCACAGGAAGAACAAGAGGAGGAGCAAAUAGAGGAGGAGGAAGAAAGAGUUGAGAUCGAGCUGGAUGAACCAAGACGGAGCAGUGACAGUGAUCCAGAGCUUGGGAAGUCAUUCGAAGAAGUUGAAGAAAAUAGACAGUUAGAGCGAGGAGGUGAAGAAAAAGAUGAGGGUGGAGAGGUAGAAGAGGGAGAAAAGGAAAAAGAUGUAGAAGUGAAUGAAGAGGUUGGAAUGGGGGAUAAUGAGCAAGAGGUAGGAGAAGAAAAAGAUGAAGCAGAACAAAUAAAAGAAGAAGAAAAGAAAGUUGAAGAGAAGGCAGUUGAGAAGGAAAACUUUACUGUUGAUCUGGAUGCCUUCAUGAGAGAGCUGGGCCUGUUAGAUGAGGAACCCUCAUCGAGCACAGCUAGAGAUACAGAGCUUCCCCGCUCGGAGUCCAAACAGGAGUACCAGAAAGACCAGGAGCCUCAGUCUCAUCGAUCAUCUAAAGGAGGCUCAUCCCAGAGUCUGAAGGGCUCCAGAGCAGAAAUGACAACGUCAGAUAUUGACACUAGGCCCUUCUCACUAAUUGCUCCUCCACCCAGAGAGCCAGCCUCAAGGGCGAAGGCCCGCUGCUCCACCCUGCCUUCUCGCCACAAAGGGUCUGAGGCUUGUUACAGUCUGCCACGGCCCAGCCACUCCACCAGCCUCACCAGGUUCCAGCAGGCAGCCACACUUAUUCCCCUGCUUCCACUGGGCUCUUCUUUAUCAGCCUCAUCCAAUCCACUCUCUGCCCCUCACACACCUGUGUCACCCACAGAGUCCCCAUCAGCCCAAGAGGCCAAAGCCCCCAGUGAACUAUUUGCGCUGAAAGGCCCUCCGGCUCAACAGCCCCGCUCCAGGGUCAAAGCCCGGAGCUCCACGCUGCCUCCGCGACAAAGAGCCCCUGGUCCUGAAGAGCACUCUACCAAGCCUAGCCAUUCCACCAGCUUUACUAAACUGGAGGAUGGCAUCCCCCCUUCCUCCAGUGAACUGAAGCGCAACAUGCCAAUAUGAAGGGAGCUGGGUGGCAAGGGAAAGGGACAGAGGUUGGCAGAGGGAGGGGGAGGACUAUCCAGAUUAGCCUCUCCCGUCUGUGCCUGGAGCCUCACCUCCAUCUGUCCUCCCUAUCUGGAUACAUAAUACCUGGGGUCUGAAGGAGACCAUCCCGAUAAACUGAACGUCCUUUUUAUCCUCUUAAUCUUCAAUGUUUUUACCACUCAUGGGGUUUAGGGCUGACCCUGACAAGGGGAGUGCUGGACAAUUCAGAGAAAUACUGCUCUGAAACUCUCCCUGCCAUGCCCAUAAACAAUACCACAGGAACUUUAACUCUUUCUAUUCCUGAUUUUUUUGUUUUUGGGUUGUUUUUUUGUUGGUUUGUUUUCACAGCUCAAUAGCCACAGCUCCUUUGUUAUUUUUAGUCCCACACGUGUAUAUGUAUAUACAGCACAGCUAGUAUCAACACUAGUAUAAACACUUAUGCUUGUAGAUCUACCGUUUAUUUUUAGAGGUUUUGAUAUAUAUAU